UUACAAAGUGAAAUGACAAUAAUUGUCAAUUGAUAGUAAUCAUAAUAUUACCUAUGCUAGUUUCAUAAUGAAUGUUGUACAAUUUACUAUCGUAUUUUUUAUUUCGUUUACACCUUCAAUACGCUCUCAAUUUUACCAGUUAAAGUAUGGACCAUAUCAGGAACACGGGAUUCCAUUUAGGGAAAACAAUUUUGUAGGUAAUAGGCCUAUAUCGCGUGAGUAUGAUUUUAUUGUGAUUGGAGCUGGUGCUGGAGGCUGUGUGGUGGCAAAUCGUUUAUCUGAACAAUCAAAUUGGUCAGUGCUAUUAUUGGAAGCAGGACAAGACGAGACUUUAUACACAGAUAUACCAGGAGCAGCAAACUUACUGCAAAAUACAAGUUAUAAUUGGGGCUAUACCGCUGAACCAGUUAAAAACGGCUGUUUAGGUUUUAAGAAUAAGCGAUGUCCUUGGCCAAAAGGAAAAGGCAUGGGCGGAUCGUCUGUCAUAAACGCUUUGCUCUACACAAGGGGAACAAAGGAAGAUUAUGAUACGAUUGCGGCACUAGGAAAUCCUGGUUGGGCUUACAAAGAUGUAUUACCCUAUUUUUUAAAAUCUGAAAACAAUUCUAUACCAGAAUAUCAAAACUCAUCUUUCCAUUCACAAAACGGAAUUUUACAUGUUGAACGAGUACGUUAUCUUUCACCACUUGUUGACAUGUUUAUCGAAGCCGGAGUUGAAUUGGGAUUACAAAAAGAUAUUGAUUAUACAAUUAAUCAAGAACAUGGUGUAUCACGUUCUCAAGUCACAACAAUAAAUGGACGCCGAGUAAGUGCAUCAAAAGCAUUUAUACACCCGGCUAAAGAUCGUCAAAACUUACAUAUAGCAAUAUUAAGCCAAGUAACAAAAAUACUUAUUGAUCCAAAAACUAAAAAAGCAAUCGGGGUGGAGUUUAUUAAAAAGGGAAAAGUCAGAACAGUAUAUUCUAAAAAAGAAGUAAUUUUAUCAGCUGGACCCAUCAAUUCACCGCAGUUACUAAUGUUAUCAGGGAUCGGACCAAAAGAGCACUUAAGGCAUCACGGUAUAUCAGUUAUUCAAGAUUUACCAGUAGGACAACAUUUACAUGAACACUAUGGUUUAAUCGGUUUGGAAUUCAUAGUAAAUCGAACGGGUCCGGUUCUGACUGAACAAAGUGUAUCAGAUCCUUAUUUAUUUGAUGAAUGGUUCAAGUAUGGCCGAGGACCACUCACUGUUCCACUAGGACGAGAAGGUGUAGCAUACAUAAGAUCACCAGCAGGAAAAGAACAUGAACUAGUAUUAACACCAAUAACGGAUAAACCAAAUGUUUUCUACAUUAAUACAUUUUUGUUACAACCUGUCGCUCGGGGAAGCGUGACUCUAAAAAACAAUAACCCAAUUCACCCACCUAUUAUGUCCUUUGAUUAUUACAACAACAGUACUGACCUUGAAGAAAAUAUAUUUGCCGUUAAAUAUGCAGUGAAAUUUGUAGAAGAAACACGGGCAUUUCAGAGUGUAGCGGCUAAAUUGAACCCAGUACCAUACCCAAAAUGUGAACAUUUGCCAUUUAAAUCUGACAAUUAUUGGGCUUGCGUACUAAUACACGUGACGAGUACUUCAAAUCACCACUGCGGUACGUGUAGAAUGGGAGAUGUCGUUAACGAAAACUUACAAGUAAUUGGAAUCGAUGGAUUGAGAGUUGUGGAUUCAUCUGUAUUUCCACACAUUCCAAGUACACAUACUUAUGCUCCAACAUUAAUGGUUGGUGAAAAGGGAGCAGAUAUGAUUCGAAGUUAUUGGUCAAAAUAAUAUGAGUGAAUUAUUAAUUAAAUUAAUGUGAAAUUAAGGGUUUUGAAACUAAUGACUUUAUAAUUAUUAUAGUAAAAUAAACAUUGCUUUAUUGCAAACGCAUAAUAAAUCAGUUUUUUAUCUAAGAGGACGUUAUAUUUUAUACCCUCAUGUGUUGUCUCUGUCCUACUAACUUACAUCA